GCUUGUUUCCAGAUUGUGUCCAAAAAGGAGGAAGCGCCGCGUCCGGAUCCGGGGUCGCCUGCCUGGCUUAGUGGCAACCCCCGCCGGCCGCUCCUCCUCCUCCGUCCCUUCCCUUCCCUUCCCGGGAGGAAGCCAUGGCGGCGACCGGGGUGCUGCCCUUCAUCCGGGGAGUGGAUCUCAGCGGGAACGAUUUCAAGGGUGGUUAUUUUCCAGAGCAUGUCAAGUCUAUGACCAGCUUGCGAUGGCUGAAGCUGAAUCGGACCGGGUUGUGUUAUCUGCCGGAAGAGCUUUCCUCUCUUCAGAAGCUGGAACAUCUGUCUGUCAGUCACAACAACCUCACCACGCUUCAUGGAGAACUCUCCGGCUUGCCUUGCCUUCGGGCCAUCGUGGCUCGGGCGAACUCGUUGAAAAACUCCGGCGUUCCCGACGAUAUUUUCCAGCUUGAUGAUCUCUCUGUGCUGGAUCUGAGCUACAACCAGCUGACGGAAGUGCCCCGGGAGCUGGAAAACGCCAAGAACAUGCUGGUGCUGAACCUGAAGCAUAACAGCAUCGACGCCAUCCCCAACCAGCUCUUCAUCAACCUGACCGACCUGCUCUACCUGGACCUGAGCGACAACAAGCUCGAGAGCCUGCCGCCCCAGAUGCGGCGCCUGGUGCACCUGCAGACGCUGAUUCUGGAUAACAACCCGCUCUUGCACGCCCAGCUGAGGCAGCUUCCCGCGAUGGUCGCCUUGCAGACGCUCCGCCUCAGAAACACGCAGCGCACGCAGAGCAACCUCCCGACGAGCUUGGACGCGUUGGUGAACUUAUCGGAUGUGGACCUCUCCUGUAACGAUCUGAGCCGGGUCCCCGAGUGCCUCUACACCUUGGCCAACCUGCGGCGCCUCAACUUGAGCAGCAACCAGAUUUCCGAGCUGUCCCUCUGCAUCGACCAGUGGACGCACCUGGAGACCCUCAACCUGUCGCGCAACCAGCUGACCUCCCUGCCUUCGGCCAUCUGCAAGCUGACCAAGAUGAAGAAGCUAUACCUGAACACCAACAAGCUGGAUUUUGAUGGCAUUCCGUCGGGCAUCGGGAAGCUGGCCAGCCUGGAGGAAUUCAUGGCCGCUAACAACAACCUGGAGCUCAUACCUGAGAGCCUGUGCAGGUGUGCGAAACUCAGGAAGCUGGUUUUGAACAAGAACCGCCUGGUCACGUUACCGGAAGCCGUGCACUUCCUCUCGGACAUUGAGAUCCUGGACGUUCGCGAGAACCCCAACCUCGUCAUGCCCCCCAAACCCGUGGACAGGACUUCGGAGUGGUACAACAUUGACUUUUCCCUGCAGAACCAGCUGCGGCUGGCUGGUGCCUCCCCUGCCACGGUGGCGGCAGCUGGGGCAGGGAGCAGCCCGCGGGACCCCCUGGCACGCAAGAUGCGCCUGCGAAGGCGCAAGGACUCUACGCAGGAUGACCAAGCGAAGCAGGUGCUGAAGGGGAUGUCCGACGUGGCUCAGGAGAAGAACAAGAAGAUGGAGGAGAAUGGAGAUCUAAAAUACACGGACCUCAAGACCCGUCGCUGGGACCAGAGUUUGGAGAAGCCGCAGCUGAACUACUCGGAGUUUUUCACGGAAGAUGUGGGGCAGCUUCCUGGCGUCACCGUCUGGCAGAUCGAGAAUUUUGUGCCCACGUUGGUGGACGAGGCCUUCCACGGGAAGUUCUACGAGGCCGACUGUUACAUUGUGCUGAAGACGUGUCUGGACGAUAAUGGUUCCCUGAACUGGGAGAUUUACUACUGGAUCGGGCAGGAGUCGUCACUCGAUAAGAAAGCCUGUGCGGCCAUCCACGCCGUCAACCUGCGCAACUACCUGGGCGCCGAGUGCCGUAGCAUCAGGGAGGAGAUGGGUGACGAGAGUGAGGAGUUCAGCCAGGUGUUCGACCAUGAGAUCUCCUACAUUGAAGGCGGCACCGCCAGCGGCUUCUACACGGUGGAAGAUGUCCAUUACAUCACCAGGCUUUAUCGCGUCUACGGCAAGAAGAACAUAAAACUGGAACCGGUCCCGUUGAAGGCAGCAGCUUUGGACCCCCGCUUCGUCUUCCUCUUGGACCACGGCCUCGAGAUCUACGUUUGGCGGGGGAGCCAGGCCACUCUGAGCGCGACCACCAAAGCCAGGCUUUUUGCAGAGAAGAUCAAUAAGAACGAGCGGAAGGGCAAAGCGGAAAUCUUGCUGCUGAGCCAGACGCAGGAGACGCCCGAGUUCUGGGAAGUGGUCGGAGGGCACCCCGAGGAGAUCAAGAUCAGCGUCCCCGAUGACUUCAAGCCACCCAGGCCGAAACUCUACAAGGUUGGAUUGGGGCUGGGCUACCUGGAGCUCCCCCAAAUCAAUUACCGGCUCUCGGUGGAACACAAGAAAAGGCCGAAGGUGGAUCUGCUGCCAGAGAUGAGGCUGCUUCACAGCCUGCUGGACACGAAGUCGGUCUACAUCCUGGACUGCUGGUCGGACAUUUUCAUCUGGAUCGGCCGGAAGUCGCCCCGCCUGGUGCGGGCGGCGGCCCUGAAGCUGGGCCAAGAACUGUGCAGCAUGCUCCACCGCCCCAAACAUGCCAUGGUUCUCCGGAACCUGGAGGGAACCGAGUGCCAGGUCUUCAAAUCUAAAUUCAAGAAUUGGGACGAUGUGCUGAAGGUGGAUUACACGAGGAACGCAGAGUCGGUCCAGCAGGCCGAGGGCCUCUCCGGGAAAGUCCAGAAGGACGCGGAGAAGAAGGAACAGAUGAAAGCCGACUUGACAGCUCUGUUCCUGCCGCGCCAGCCCCCGAUGCCGCUCGCGGAGGCGGAGCAGUUGAUGGAGGAGUGGAACGAGGACCUGGACGGCAUGGAGGGCUUCGUCCUGGAGGGGAAGAAGUUUGCUCGCCUGCCGGAGGAAGAAUUUGGUCAUUUCUACACCCAGGACUGCUACGUUUUCCUCUGCCGGUACUGGGUCCCCGUGGAAUGUGAAGAGGACGAGGAGAAGAAAGAGAAGAAGGCCCAAGGGGAAGGGGCGGCGGAGGGAGAGGACGAGGAGGCGGAGGAAGACGAGGAGAAGCAGCCGGAGGAAGACUUCCAGUGCGUCGUGUACUUCUGGCAGGGCCGGGAAGCCUCCAACAUGGGCUGGCUAACCUUCACGUUCACCCUCCAGAAGAAAUUCGAGAACCUUUUCCCUGGCAAGCUGGAGGUGGUCCGCAUGACCCAGCAGCAAGAGAACCCCAAGUUCUUGUCUCAUUUCAAGCGAAAAUUCAUCAUCCACAGCGGCAGACGGAAAGCCAAGGAGGACAGUCUCCAACCCAGCCUCUACCACCUUCGGACCAACGGCAGUGCCCUCUGCACUCGAUGCAUCCAGAUCAAUACAGACUCCAGCCUUCUCAACUCUGAGUUCUGCUUCAUCUUAAAGGUUCCCUUUGAGAGCACCGAUAACCAGGGCAUCGUUUAUACCUGGGUGGGCCGGGCUGCUGACCCCGACGAGGCCAAGCUGGCCGAGGACAUCAUGAACCACAUGUUUGAUGACUCCUACAGCAAACAGGUCAUUAACGAGGGAGAAGAGCCAGAAAACUUCUUUUGGGUUGGCAUCGGAGCCCAGAAGCCCUACGACGGAGACGCUGAGUACAUGAAAUACUCCCGACUGUUCAGAUGUUCCAACGAGAAGGGCUAUUUUGCCGUGUCCGAAAAAUGCUCAGACUUCUGCCAGGAUGAUCUGGCUGAUGAUGACAUCAUGUUACUCGACAACGGCCGCGAGGUGUACAUGUGGGUGGGGACACAGACGAGUCAAGUGGAAAUCAAGCUGAGUCUCAAAGCUUGCCAGGUUUACAUCCAACACAUGCGCUCCAAAGAUGCCAGCCGUCCGCGGAAACUCCGCUUGGUCCGGAAAGGGAACGAGCCGCCGGCCUUCACUCGUUGCUUCCACGCUUGGGGCGUCUUCCGGAAACCCCCGGCCUAAGCUGACUCCUCUUUCAGCACCCCUUAAAAUGUCACCCUCUUGCCUCCUUUUAUUUUGUCCAGCCUACGGGACAAAAUGUUAUUUAGAAUAAGCCACUUCUCUUUUAUUCUGGCUGCUGCGGCCCCUGUCUUUUGUAAAAAGGUGAACUCUAUUUUGAUUUUUUCCCCCUCCCUUCUCCAGCACGUUCUUUUCCUUGGUGCAACAAGGCCGGUGUUGCUUGGACCCGCCUGAGAAAGGCGACAGCGUCGUUUUUCACUCCUGCUCCAGCAAAAUUGAAGUGUGGGUGUGCUGUAGGUUUCCUCCCUGUUGGCACCCAGAUUUUGAUAUUUCUAUAAACCACACACACGCACACAUAAAAUAGGGUUCCGGUGCUGCUUCAAGGAGCGCGGGAAGGCCAGGCAGAAGAGAAGAGAAAGGCUGGGUCCCAUUUCAGACAAGACCUAGCAGACGGUUUGUGUGGAUCUUGAUAAUUCUUUGAUACGGAAGGGGGGGUGGAGGAUGGCCAGAUGCAGAAAAGGAAAAGAAAAAAGAGGUUGGGGCUUCUACCUGUUGGGGAGCUGAAUGCAAGAGGUUUCAGCAAGUUACUGUUUUUGUUUUUGUUUUUUGGCAAGCUGUAAGUUGCAAAAUCCCUUCCAAUAUUUAGUAUUUAAGAGCCCUCACCGUUCUCGCACCCAGACCGUUACAUAUUAAGGGGUGACAAAAGUAAAAAGAGUUUGUUGUGGUUUUAAAAAAAAAGUGGCAUUCUGCUGCUAGUCCUCAUGGAGUUUAAAAAGGGUUCCUUAAAGGUAACAUAUUUAAAUAUGAUUGUCAGUGGGGUAGUUUCUCUCCUGGCCCUUCCCUUUUGCCUACGGUGCAUUUCUACUGCUGUUGCUUUAACAGUUGGACUACAAUUACCAGAUUCCCCCAGCUAGUCGGCCACUUUUCCAAGCUCUGCCCCCUUUAAUAAAGGCAGCAAAGGAGAGAACCAAAACGCUGGUGGGUUCGACGUCCAGGCCCUCUGAAAGGUGGUGGUUUCUGUGUCUUUGAGUGAGGCAGGAAUUCCACGCGCCCUGUGACUUCUCUCCCUGCCUCUGUGAUGCAGAAGGUGAGGUGUCAGGACCUCGAAACCGAGACCUGGACAGUUCCUUGCUUGAGGGUCCAUCCGGGGCCCUUCUUGAACCGGGAGUCCCAUCCGCUUUACAAGCGUUUACACCAUAUCAAUAAAGACAGCACUUCACAGAUGA